AUGGCUACGUCGGAUGGAAUGGAUGGCUGUGUUCUGCAACGAGGCAGAUCCCAAAGUGACCCGAACAUACUCACCGAAUCCGGGAUUGAUUUAGUGCACAGCACAGUGGAGGUGAUGGACCAGCAGAGGGUAUUGCGGACAGGUUGCCUUGUGACAGGGGUCCACACUCCUCCCAUCCGACGCAACAGCAAGCUGGCCACCCUUGGGCGCCUCUUCAAGCCCUGGAAGUGGAGGAAAAAGAAAAACGAGAAGCUUAAGCAGAGCUCCACAGAUGUAGCAUUAUCCAGCAGUCUUCUAUGCCACGACCCCAGUUCACCCACUCAGGGCUGCUGCUCAGACGGUACAGUCCUGCUGGGGGGAUUCGGGGGACCUCUGAACCCAAACCUCACAGUGAGCAGUGUGGAAUACCUGGGUCCUGAGGAGGAACAUCCCCCUCCAGUAGCAGCUCCUCCUCAGGAUUGUGAGCAGGUGGAGGAGAGCCUGCAGCCGCCGGAGGAGGAUGGAGAGAACGAGAUCCCCCUGGGAGGAGGGCUGACUGAGGGACUGCAGGAGCCAGGAGAGCAGAUGGAGGAGCGGCUGGAGGAGCACAUACCUCCAGGAAUCUCCCCACCCCAUGUACCCCCCAAAUUCUUGCCCCAGCUCAGUCCUGGCGAGGAGUCCGCCCCGUUGUCGCUCCCUUCCCACCUGGCCAACUCCUACCUUCCCAAGGAGCCUCCACCCAGGCCCCCAGAGAGCCAUGCCCCGAUGGCAUUGCCACUGCGGGGGCCACUUUCCAAUCCCUCAGGAUCUCCACACCUUGGCAAUAUGAUGCACCCUCCCAUGCCCCCUAGCUGCAUUAUGGAGGAACUGCAGAGAGCUUUCGCUUCCAAGAACAGACAGGAGAGUGUACACGAAGGGUGUGAGUCCAGCCCGCCACCCCGCCCGUGGUGCUCAGAUGGACGGCUCUCUGGUUCCUGCAGCUCCGAGAACCAGUACCCAUCCAUCAUGGUGGGGGGCUGCGGUGGAGGUGGUGGGGCUGACUGGCCCAAGAAGGAGGCGGAGGAAAACAAGGAGAAUGUGCGGCUGGACCAGUGCUUCUCCAACACCUCGGGCCUCCCCACCGACCUGGAAGGCUGGAACGACUCAGUCAUCUCCGGCACCCUUCCUCGCAGGCUAAGGAAGGAGCUGUUGGCUGUCAAGCUACGGAAUCGGCCCAGCAAGCAGGAGCUGGAGGACAGGAAUAUCUUCCCAGCCAGGAGUGACCAGGAGCGCCAGGAAAUUCGCCAGCAGAUUGAGAUGAAACUUGCCAAGAGGCUGAGCCAGAGACCGAAUGUCGAGGAGUUGGAGAGUCGGAAUAUCCUCAAACAGAGAAAUGACCAGACAGAACAGGAGGAGCGGAGGGAAAUCAAACAGCGACUAAACAGAAAGCUGAACCAGCGGCCCACAGUAGAUGAGCUGCGCGACAGGAAGAUUUUGAUCCGCUUCAGUGAUUAUGUGGAGGUGGCCAAAGCUCAGGACUAUGACAGGAGAGCAGAUAAGCCCUGGACUCGACUGUCGGCAGCAGAUAAGGCGGCAAUCCGAAAAGAGCUGAACGAGUUUAAAAGCACUGAGAUGGAAGUGCACGCCUCCAGCAAGCACCUAACGAGGUUCCACCGGCCGUGA